AUGAUAUCAAUUAAACUAGUUAUUGGAGAGUCUUCUUGGAAUAUUAUUAGUGCAUAUGCCCCGCAUAUAGGCUUGGAUGAGGAUGAGAAGAAAAGGUUUUGGGAGGCUUUGGACGAGAUGGUGAGAGAUGUCCCUAGUAAUGAUAAGGCUUUUAUAGGAGGGGAUUUCAAUGGGCACAUAGGGUCUUCUUCAAGAGGUUAUGAUGAUGUGCAUAAAGGCUGUGGGUUUGGUAUAUGGAAUGACGAAGGAGUGGCACUUUUGAAUUUUGCUCGGGCAUUUGGAUUGGUGAUUGCCAGUUGUAUCAGGGAGGCAACUAGAGAGGUGUUGGGUGUCUCGAGAGGCCUCUCGAGCAAACACCAAGGGAGCUGGUGGUGGAAUGAAAAGGUGAAGAAGAAGGUGGAGGCUAAGAAGAAAGCAUAUGCAAAGUUUGCCGAGAGUAAGGAUGAAGAGGAUAAAUGGAAAAAUUGGGAGUAUAAGAUUGCUAGGAGAAAGGUGAAGUUAGCGGUCCCGAUGGCUAAGGAUGCUGCUUUCGAGAGUUUAUACACAACGUUAGAUAGUUCGGAAAAAAAAGUUGUAUAG